AUGUCGGGUCUCGAGGAUCUCGAUAUCAAUGCGCUCCCUCUGAACACGCCGCUGCUCUUGAUGGCCGCAGACGGCCGUCUUCUUACAGACGGUCCGAUGGUUCAUUGGGUCGAGCUUCAACAAGGGCGAGACGAAGCUGUAGAGAUUCGCAGGUCUGGCGGCCCGAAGAUUUUGACCAGCGGGUGCAGCUGGAGCCAUGAGUCCGCCUCGAUGGAUUUGGAUGCAUUCACGACUGCAAGUGGAAUGGUUGCUCUCAAGAGCCGCCACACUGGAUGUUGUCUAGGGACACCGAUGGGGCGCCGGGGCCACGGUGUGGAAUGCAAAUACGCUUACGGAGGCACAUGGCAGGAGUGGCGAUUUCUGAAAUCUGUUUUCCCUCCAAAUUUACUCUGUGAAGACUUAGCCGCUACCGCUCUCUUUGACUCAACUGCGCGUAGACAUUUCACUUUGUACCUUUUGGAGGCGGGGAACUCAUGCAGGACAGUUAUCGAGAUUUUGAAGCUUUUAUAUGGCACACCCCAUGGUGCGUUGACCGUCACGGAGCGACAAGAUCAGGCGUUGCUGAAGCUGAUGUAUCCGGUUGCGUCGAUUACGAGCAUUCGCGCAAUGAUGGCACUAGUGUACGGUGCAAACCUGUCACUUCCUAGCAAAGAACCAACGACGUCCAUAACCAAGAGUGAACAAGCAACGGUGGACGCAAAGUAUGCUGCUGAUGGUAAAAGCCCGUCCGAGUGGGGCGAGCAAUAUGUCAAAGUGGAGCAUGCAAGCGUGAAACGGAUUGACUUCGACGUGAUCCCACUGAACUCGCCUCUGGUUAUGGUUUCUUCGACUGGAUCCACGUUGAGCUCGUCGGAGACGGGUUCCUGCUUCAUUGAGCUGAGCUAUUGUGACGACGAGGGUCUGGUUACGAUUCGAAGUGCCGACGACAAGACCAGGUAUCUAGUUCUGAAUGCGUACCGACACUGUGUGUUCGGGAGUGCGGAUGUCGCGCUCAAGUUCAAGAUGAAGCUGUCUCCAACUGGCCGUCUGCUGCUGGUGGAACACUUAUCUGGCUGCGUGCUUGAAACGAAGACUCGAGGCGAACACAACUUUGCGGUCUGCAGAAACCUGUAUUCGCCAGAGUCGCAGUCGUGGCUUGUGUUUACUACGCAAAAGCUUGUUCAUAACAACGCAGCAUUGGUACCGCAGAAGCCGAAGCGUUCCCCGGAUGCGCGACGUCAGUUGAUCAUGCAACUUGCACUGGCCGGGAAAUCAAGCAGUGAGGUUGGCGAGGUGUUGAAGCUACUGUACGGAUCGAAUGUGCCGGCAAACGCUCCUACUGUGGCGAAUGCGAUUCGCAUCGAGCGUUUACAGCAGAUACUGGAGUUAUUUGAAAAAGGAGUGAAAACGCAGGCUAUUGGUGAUUUCCUUAAGAUGAUGUACGGGACAUCAGCUCCACUGUGA